AUGAUUGAAUGUUAGAGGCAUUCUUAUCAUUUGGUAGAUCCAAGUCCAUGGCCUAUUUCGGGUUCACUCGGAGCUUUGGCAACCACCGUAGGAGGUGUGAUGUACAUGCACCCAUUUUAAGGGGGUGCAACACUUCUCAGUUUGGGCCUCAUAUUUCUCCUAUAUACCAUGAAUUCUGGACGGGUCCUGACAAUGUUUGUAUGGUGGCGUGAUGUUCUACGUGAAUCCAUGUUGGAAGGACAUCAUACAAAAGUAGUACAAUCAGGACCUCGAUAUGGUUCUAUUCUGUUCAUUGUAUCGGAGGUUAUGUUCCUUUUUGCUUUUUUUGGGGCUUUUUCUCAUUCUUCUUUAGCAACUACGGUAGAGAUUGGAGGUAUUUGGCCCCCAAAAGGGAUUGGGGUUUUAGAUCCUUAGGAAAUCCCUUUUCUUAAUACCCCUAUUCGCCUUUCAUCCGGAGCUGUUGUAACUUGGGCUCAUCAUGCUAUACUCGCGGGGAAGGAAAAAUGAGCAGUUUAUACUUUAGUAGCUAUCGUUUCACUGCCUCUAGUAUUCACUGGCUUUUAAGGAAUGGAAUAUUAUCAAGAACCCUUCACUAUUUCAGAUAGUAUUUAUGGUUCUACCUUUUUCUUAGCAACUGGCUUUCAUGUGAUUAUAGGUACUAUUUUCUUGAUCGUAUGUGGUAUUCGCCAAUAUCUUGGUCAUCUGACCAAGGAAUAUCCUGGUGGCUUUGAAGCAGCUGCAUGGUACUAGCAUUUUGUAGAUGUGGUUCAGUUAUUCCCAUUUGUCUCUAUCUAUUGGUGGGGAGGUAUAUGA